AUGGAGGAAUAUGAAAUUUUGGAGAUAUACAGAGAAAUAUCAUUGAAAGGUAUUUACGACUUCAAAAUGUUUUUAUUUGACGGAAAGAAGAUUAGCGUUAAGAAGGUUUCUGGCAAAAUGAGGGCUAGAGUAAGGAAGGGGAUGUGCUACAAGCACGAUUGGAUCAGAGUGCAGGAGGAGGAGGAUGGAAUAGUUUUUGAAGUUACCGAUCCAAAGACGUAUUCUUAUCUAUCUAUUUAUGGGAGAGAGUUCGAUUCCAAUGUUUACCUCACUGUGAGAGGCAAUGCAGAUACAACUUGCUUGGAUGCCGGUGAGGGAACCACACCUGAUCCUAAUUCAAAUCCAGGUGAAUGUUAUCCUUGUGAAGUCCCAAAAGAGUUUUCAGAAAGAAUUCUCCUUCCAUUCUUGAACGACACACUCCCAUACAGUCCUCUUGAAAUUCCAAUGGCAAAGGACGAUGACAUACUUAGCAGUAAGGAUAAGCAUGGUGAGCUUUCUCCAGCCGAUUCCCCCAGGGCGACUUCCAAGAGUGGGUGGUAUAAUAGAAGCACGCAGAAGUCUCCAAUAUGCGGGCGUGUUAUAUACAAGACAAGGAUGAGCUCUGUGACCUACGCAAGAAAGCACCCUUAUUAUUUUUUCAUUCUUCUGACUUCUGCACUAGACUCUAUCAAGGUGUUUGUUUGGGGAGAAGACCUUCCAUAUUCCUCCAUGAAGAUUGGAGAUUACAUUUGCCUAACUAAGUGCAGAAAAAAGCCUAUCAUUGAGGGGCCUCUGGUUGUAGAGCACAACAGGUUUACUGAGGCAAGAUACUUUUGCUGCAAAGAAGUUAGUGCUAAGGAGAUGUUCAAGAUCAAGCUGGAUAGAUGUCAGGAGAUGCCAGCAUCUAUAUUUGCUGAAGCACUUGGAAAAAUCGAGUAUUUAAGUGUCCUGAACAGAAGGAAUGCAGGAUAUCUUGAAGAAUAUUAUCUGGUUCGAAUGGGAAAAUAUAAGGUUCUUCUAUUCUACAACUCAUCGAAAGAAUUCUACGAAAUGGAGGUUGGCAAAUAUGUAAGAAUCACCAAUCUAAGGGUUUCAAGACGAGGAAGGUCGGAGUUCUAUGUCUCUACCAUCUACACACAAAUAGAGCUUAAGGACAUGGCAGAGGACCCUUCAAAAAGAAAGCUCAGUGAUGAUGAAGCGGAUGCCAAGAGGAGAAGCCGGAUGGCAAUCAAUUUCGAAGAAUCUGAAGACGAAGACGAUUUUCUCGAGAAGAAAGAGGAAGAGCCGCCAAAGUGUAAUCUUAUAUUCGGGGCUGUGGGAUAUAUUCCAGAUGACUUUUUGAGCAUCGAAGAGAUGUACUUGUCCCGAAAAGAGAAGAUAUCUGGGGAGAUGUGCGAGAUAAUUCCUUUCAUGGCACCUUUAGAAAUAAAUCUGAGGGAUAUCUACAACGAGGUGGAAAAGUUGGUAUUGAACGAGUCUAAGAAGUACAUGGUUGAUGCUAUAUUGGUUGACGUUGACUUUUCUAACUUUAUAUUUGAUGAGUCUCCGACACUUAUGGAUGGCACCUCUGUUACCUACUUCAGCAAUGGAGUCCAAGCCCAGCAGCUUCCCGGAUACAUAAGUAUAUGCAACGAGGUGACUGUUGUUGUCUACCUGUUCAAUAACUUCUGGAUGGAUGAGUUUGAUUUAGAAUCCUUGUACAAACUAGGAGGAUGUUCUUCGCUUGAAGAGUUUAGGAGUAUGAGAGGAAAGGGAAUGCGGUUUGUGAUUGAUGCUUUCCGGGCUUCUGAGGAAACAGUAAUGUUCUACUUGACCAAGGUUUUUAGAUAG